AUGUGGGGGCGCUUCCUGUCCUCGGAGGCUGGCGGCCGGGACAGCCCCGGCGCAGCCCGCAGCUUUCCUGCGGGCCCAGAUUACUCUUCAUCAGCAUGGUUAUCUGGUAAUGAAUCAUUGUGGCAGGCCACAACUCUUCCAUCUAACCAUCGAAAUAACCAUACUAGAAGACACAGUAUAGCUUCUGACAGUGGAGACACUGGCAUUGGAACGUCUUGUUCUGACAGCGUGGAAGAUCAUUCAACCUCAAGUGGCACAUUAUCAUUUAAACCAAGUCGGUCAUUGGUUACCCUUCCUACUGCUCAUGUGAUGCCGUCUAACGGCAGCUCUUCACUCUCCCGACACAGGGAAUCACUGACAUCAGAUGGGUCAAAAUGGAGCACAGCCCUCUUGCAGACACUGGGAAAUCGCAGUAGAGAGGAGCAGGACUCGUCACUAGAUAUGAAAGACUUCCGGCCCCUCCGGAAAUGGUCAUCUCUCUCCAGACUGACUACCCCCAGUAACUGCAACCAGGAUGGCAUGGUGCACCCAGAAGAGCCUCGGAAUGGUUUGGAAAAGACCGGGAGGAGCAAGGCAUUAAUAUCACAACUGAAGACAAUUGGACCUAGCUGCUUACAUGACAGUAUGGAGAUGCUUAAACUAGAGGACAAGGAAUUAAAUAAAAAACGAUCAUCAACUCUGGAUUGUAAAUAUAAAUUUGAGAGCUGUAGCAAAGAAGACUGUAGAACCUUUCCCUCCACACUUAGGAGACAGACCUUAGACAUGACAUACAGUGCCUUACCUGAAAGCAAGCCCAUUAUGGCAAGCACAGAGGCUUUUGAACCACCGAAAUAUUUAAUACUUGGUCAACAGGCAGUAGGUGGGGUUCCCAUUCAGCCUUCUGUGAGGACUCAAAUGUGGCUUACUGAGCAGUUACGGACAAAUCCUUUGGAAUGUAGAGCAACAGAGGACUCUUACAGUUUAGCUCCUUGGCAACAACAGCAAAUUGAAGAAUUUAGACCAGGAAGUGAGACACCAAUGCAGGUUUUAACUGGAUCAUCUCGUCAGAGUUACUCACCUUCUGACUAUCAGGAAUUCAGUAAGUGGGAAUCAGUGUUGAAAUUAAAAGAAGGACUGCUAAGGCAGAAAGAAAUUGUGAUUGAUCGGCAGAAGCAACAAAUAACCCACCUACACGAGAGGAUAAGAGAUAAUGAAUUACGAGCACAGCAUGCCAUAUUAGGACAUUAUGUAAAUUGCGAGGAUUCUUAUGUGGCUAGUUUACAGCCACAGUAUGAGAACACUUCACUUCAAGCUCCAUUUUCAGAACAAGCUGUACCCAGGUCCCAGCAGGAGGAACUUGAACAAAAGCUUGCAUCUGCUGAGAAAGAGGUUUUACAGCUGAAUGAGUUUCUCAAGCAAAGAAUAACCCAAUCUAGUGAAGAGAAGAAGAAAUUGGAAGAAAAGCUUAAAACCAGAGAUAGGUACAUCAGCAGCCUGAAAAAGAAAUGUCAGAAAGAAUCUGAACAAAACAAGGAGAAGCAGAGGAGGAUUGAGACUUUGGAAAAGUAUUUGGCCGAUCUGCCCACUCUAGAUGAUGUACAGAACCAGAGUCUGCAGCUUCAGGUUCUAGAAGAAAAAAAUAAGAAUUUACAAGAGACUUUGAUAGAUAUGGAGAAAAAAAUUGAAGAUAUCAAAAAACAGAAUCAGGAGAAGGAGGCACAGCUAAUUUGCCAGAAGAAGAAAGAAAAGGAGUUGGUAACCACAGUACAGAGUUUGCAGCAGAAAGUAGAAAGAUGCCUAGAAGAUGGAAUUCGCCUCCCUAUGUUAGAUGCAAAGCAACUUCAGAAUGAAAAUGAUAACCUCAGAGAACAAAAUGAAAAUGCUAGUAAGAUAAUAGAGAGUCAACAAAUUGAAAUUGACAGAAUGACUUCAGAAAUUCAGUCUAUGCAAGGCAAGCUAUCAAAAGAGAAAUUGGCCACUCAAAAGGUGGUGGAAGAACUAGAAAAAAAAGAAAGAAACAUACAGAGAUUAACAAAAGCAUUGCUUGGGAACCAAAGACAAACAGAAGAGACUGGCUGUUCUAUGGAUCAGGGCCAGGAAGCAGACCAAUCCAGGCAACAGACAACUCUUUCCAAAUGGCCAUUAUUUGAUUUGACUGUGAUUGACCAGCUAUUCAAGGAAAUGUCCUACUGCUUGUUUGACUUGAAAGCAUUGUGUAGUAUUCUUAAUCAGCGUGCUCAGGGCAAGGAACCUAAUCUUUCAUUAUUACUGGGAAUCAGAUCAAUGAACUGUUCAGCUGAAGAGACAGAAAGUGACCACAGCCCUGAAACACUGACUAAGAAACUGUCUGACGUGUGCCAGUUACGGAGGGACAUCGAUGAGUUAAGGACUACAAUAUCCGACCGCUAUGCUCAGGACAUGGGAGACAACUGCAUCACUCAGUGA